AUUUCGUAUGAGAGAAUGGCAAUUCGCAUUACAUUAGAAUGUGGGCACGCAUCAAUGUUACGUACGCGUACCACCCCUCAGGGUUAUACUCAUGACUGGGAAGUAUUUGUGCGUGGUAUUGACAAUGCUGAUAUUCACCACUAUGUUGAAAAAGUGGUUUUUCAAUUACAUGAAACAUUCUCAAAACCAAAGAGGGUCUUAAAAGAGCCACCAUUUGUGAUAAAGGAGUCUGGUUAUGCUGGUUUUGAGAUUCCAAUUCAUAUUUAUUUAAAAAACAAGGAUGAAGGUACCAAAAAGAUAGAAAUUUUAUACGACCUUAACUUACAAUCAAGUGGUCCUGCAAUCACAAAUGUUAUAAGGCAUACAGAGAUAAUUAAUAACCCUUCGGAUGAAUUCAGAAGGAAAUUAUUAAAGGGCGGAGGUGUUCUUGUGUCCAGUUCUGAAAAUUCAGCUGAGAAGAGUGAAACCAAAAUUUCAACUAUGGUUGGUAAACCAAAGUUGAGUGGGAGUGAUUCAAAGAAGCACAAAAAUGUCGAGUCGAAAACCUCAAACUCUUUUGCCGAAUUGUUUGGCACUCCCUUGAAACCCACAAAAGUCUCUCAGGACACCAAGAAGCCUGCACAGCCCGAAAAGUCAUCCGCAUCCAAAUCCCUAGUUACCCCAGACAAGCCUGACAAGGUUGACAAGACAAAGCUCAAAGAUAGUCCCCAUAAGGAUAGUAAAAAGGAGAAACUAGACGACAAGAAGGAUAAAAAAGUGAAAGAUCAGUCUAAGGAGAAAAAUCGAAGCAAAGAGAAAUCAAAAAGGCCCCCUAGUCCCGGGAAUAAAAGUCAUUCAAGUCCCUCUAACAAAAGACCCCCGUCACCUCCUUCAGUCCCUGUAAAAAGACCUCCUAGUCCUUCUCUUCCUCAGGCAAAGAGAUCGGCGUCGCCAAAAUCUAAAGAGAAAGAAUUGAAAAAGAUAGCCGUAGAGAAAGAGAAGGACAAGGGUAAAGAAAAAGACAAGGUGAAAGAUAGUUCGAAAAAUGUAGCCGAUUCUUCGAAGAGCGAGAAGAAGAAGGACAAGAAGAAGCAUAAGGAGGACAGGGAUAAGGAGCGAAAGGAUAAAUACAAGGAGGGUGAACGAUCAGCUUCGAAGGAAACGGUGAAAAUCAACGAGAAGAAGAACGAGAAGGCGGAGAAAUCCGAGAAGGAGAAGGGCCAAGAGUACAAAUCGGCGAAGGACGGUAGAAAGUCGCCGAAACCUCCUAAGGAGAGUGAGAAACCAAAGGAAGAAAAGUUGAUAAAGACAGAUAAGUCCGAGAAGACGGAGAAGUCGGACAAAACGAAGGACGGCAAGAGUGAGAAGGACAGGCAAAAGCACAAGCACAAAAAGAGGGAGAAGAAGGACAAACGUGACAGUAGUAAAGACAGGGACAAGAAGGAGAAACGCGACAGGAUAAAAUCGUCUACAGAGAAGCAAAAUAAUGUGCCUAACGUUUCAGUAGCUAAUCCCCUUUCUACCCUUUUGGCGGAAAUGCCAGAGAGGGAUAGUAGCGAUUCAGCGCCAUCGGUAGAUGACGAUUCCUUCUCCGAAUCAAAAUUAGUGCCUACUAUUAAGAAAGAGGUGGAGAACCUGACUGUAUCUACGCCUCCUACAGAAAUGGCGAAACCACUUUCGCCUGCGAUGCCGGCAGAAAUUAAGAAGGAAAAAGUCGAUCGGAGCAAGAGGGAGAAACCUAAGGGGAACAAAGGUGAGGAGAAGGAAACACGAAAGAGGAAACGGAGAAGUGAUAGCAAAGGUGAGGACGAUCAUGUGGUGAAGAGAGAGAAGGACAGAGGUCAUUCUGCGUCUCCACCUUUGGAACCGGUUUCCUCGAGUCAAUCACCGGUCGUUGUUGACCAGGAAGCGGUCCAUAUGAAGGAUAAGGAGGAUCGCGGUGCCACGGAACAAACAGUCGACAAGGGUGCCGAAGCGGAAGUGGAACAAGUGGCGCCAGAUUCGACGAACAGUACUUUGGUUGAUUCAGACAUGGGAGAACCACCGGUGUUCUCCGAGGACUAUGUGUCACAGUUGAAGGACUUGCAACAGAAGAUAAUGACCCUGCAGGAUAACCAAGAGUUGCAGCGAGUUGUACAGGUGAUCGCGGAAACUGGUCAAUACGAGAUCACGAAGAAGACGUUCGACUUUGAUCUAUGCGCCCUAGAUCGUAGAACGGUGCAACGACUACAGCAGUUCUUCGCGUCGUGACCGUCUGUAGCUUAAAUCAUGACAACCCUUUAUUACAUAUUAUUAUUCUAUGUAUUAAGUCAUUAAGUUAUUUCAGCUUACGAGAGAUUCCUUCACGUUACUAUUAAAGAAGAAGAGGGAAAAAAAGUAAUAACACGA